UCCGCUUCACUCAUGAACAAGGCCCCAUCGCCAACGACCUUGCACGCCACGCCACGCCGCUCCGCUCCGCUCUGUUGCUUCCGCUUCUUGUCACUCGUUUUCGUUACCAUGCGUUGAUUCAUCCCUUUGUUUCUCUUCCCCGGCUUACAUGUCCCCCGACGGAGCGAUCCCGCUGACCCGUCAUCCUCAUCUGGUUCAAGCCACGUAUAGUCUAUCCGAUAUCCGGCCUUGAGAGAUAGAGGUCGAUAGCUAAAGAUCCAUCUCCGGAUCCGCCGGCCCUUUCGGCACCCCCCCCUACUCGGGGUGUCUCUCGCCUUCUCCGGACUCCCGUCUCACGACGCACAUCCUCACGUGGUAGCCGGAGCGAGUGACCGGACACAAUGUCACACCAGUUCCACGUCGCCGGCGCGAGCCACGCCCUGCUCGAUCCGUGGUCUCACGGCCUCGGCAUCAUGAAGGACGUCCUCACCCGCUGGUCCGAGCUCGACAUCACCCAGAUCGGCUCCCUCAUCGCCAUUGCCGGCACCCUCCCCGCCGCCUGGCGCCUCCUGCAGCACGCCUGGCGCGAGGCCUCUGCCUGCGUCGCCCGCUUCUUCCUGGCCUCCGUGACCAUCCCCGGCGGCGACCCCGUCAACCGGGGCGUUGUGAAAUGGAUUCUCGCCAACCGGCCCCGGCACUACCGCUCCUUCACCGGCCGCACCGAGGUCGGACGCGCAACCUCGGACCGCGCCGCCGCUCUCAAGAAGACCCGCCACGCCGUCCAGUACUGCCCGCACUGGACCUCGCGGUGGCUCUGGUUCGCCGGCGGUCUCCUCGUGGUCACCCGCGCCGUCGGGGACUUUGGCUCCGCCCUCUCGGAUCCCAGCUACGACGGCAUCGGCGGCGAGGACCUAACCAUCAGCUGCCUCGGCUGGUCAGCGGAACCCGUGCGGUCCUUCAUCGAGACCUGCCGCGAGUACGCCGACCGGCAGACGCAGUACUUUGUCCUUAUCUACUCGCGCGACCGUUACGGCAUGUCGUGGAAGCCCAAGGCCCGCAAGCCCCUCCGCCACCUCGACACCGUCCACUUCGACCACGCCGUCAAGCGUGAGCUGCUGGCCGACAUCCGCAACUACCUCGACCCCACGACCCAGAUGCGCUACCAGAGCCGCAGCAUGCCGUACCGCAGGGGCUACCUCUUCUACGGCCCGCCCGGCACCGGCAAGUCGUCCCUGUCCGUGGCCAUCGCCGGCGAGUUCGGCCUGGAUCUGUACGAGGUCAAGGUCCCCAGUGUCGCCACCGACGCCGACCUCGAGCAGAUGUUCCAAGAGAUCCCGCCGCGCUGCGUCGUCCUGCUUGAGGACAUUGACGCCGUCUGGGUCGAGCGCUCCACCACCUCUUCGUCCUCGUCGUCGUCCAACAACAACUUCCACGAAAGGAACGGCAACGGCAGAGCGCACUCGCCCGAGGGCAGCAACGUGCCCAACUGCACCCUCUCCGGCCUGCUCAACGUCCUUGACGGCGUCGGCUCCCAGGAGGGCCGCAUCGUCAUCAUGACCACCAACCGCCCCGAGCAGCUCGACGGCGCCCUCGUCCGCCCAGGCCGCGUCGACAUGAAGGUCCUCCUCGGUAACAUCAGCCGGCGGUCGGCCGAGGACAUGUUCGUGCGCAUGUUCUCGCCCGAUCUCGGGUGCACGGCGCACCUCGACAUGGACGAGAUCCGGCGGCUCGCGGCGCGCUUCUCGAGCCAGAUCCCCGAGGACGCCUUCACGCCCUCGCAGCUGCAGGGUUUCUUCCAGGUGCACCUCGAGAGCCCGUACGACGCGGUGGAGUCCGUCGGCGUCUGGGUCGAGAGGGAGCUUGCGAGGACCCAGUACAAGGGGUUCGAGUUAGUCGCUGCCAACGGAACGGCCUAAUUGUGUAAUAGUACGUGUAUUAUCUUUGUGUAUCUUUAGACGUCUUGGACCCCAUCUUUCCUUUUUUUGGAUUCUCUUUUGUUCUUGUUUCUCGGGGAGAUAAGCCUCUCGUCCGGGCAUCGUGUAGUAGACCUUGCGUAGAACAUCCAUCACGCACAAUUAGACUCUUGGGGGGGGGGGGGGGGAAGGUCACCCCCGGCACCACAGGAUACACAGUACAUGAGUCAUGGCCUGGUUUUGGGUAGGCUAGGUUGUUUGGGGGUGAUCGGGUCUAUUCCUAAACACUUUCCCCCGUCAUCCUACAGAUUACAUUGUCAUCAUUGUGACCACCAAUCAACCCCGUGCGACGAGAGAUGUGUGACGAAACAAAAAUACACAAGAGACGAGAUGCUCGGGUUUGCUGCCCUGGAAGAGAUGACCCGAUAAGCCCUCGUGGGAUCGUCCACUCGUCCCAUCAGCUCGAGCACCCCUACGAUCGAAACCGUAGAUGCUGCUAUCCGAUGUAUACGAUGGUAUCCAGCCGAAGUUAGAUACCCUUGCUCAGG